UUGGACCUGGAGGGGAAGCCCAGCCGCCCGGCCCGGGCAGGACACUCCAUCUUCAGCCCCCAGCCCGCCCUCCCAGUCCUAGUCCAGAGAGACAGGAGGCUGCUGGGGAGAUGACUGGGCUCUGGCUGGGGUUCCUUGGGUCGAAGCUGCUGCUCUGGGGAGCAGCCAGCGCCCUCUCCUUGGCCGGCGCCACCGUCCUCCUCCACCUUCUGCAGAUGCUGGUGAACUACGCACAGAAAUGGCAGAAGAUGAGGCCCAUCCCGACUGCGGGCCGCGCCUACCCCUUGGUGGGACACGCUCUGAUGUUUAAAUCCAGCGGGAAAGACUUCUUCCAGCAGAUUAUUGAAUACACAGAGGAAUACCGACAUGAGCCGUUGCUUAAACUCUGGAUUGGUCCAUUGCCCCUGGUGGCUCUGUAUGAGGCAAAAAAUGUGGAGGUGGUUUUAAGCAGUUCAAAGCAAAUUGACAAGUCUUUCAUGUACAAGUUCCUAGAACCAUGGCUUGGCCUUGGGCUUCUUACCAGUACCGGAAAUAAGUGGCGCUCCAGGAGAAAAAUGUUGACACCCACUUUCCAUUUUACAAUCCUGGAAGAUUUUUUUGAUGUCAUGAAUGAACAUGCAAAUAUAUUGGUUACAAAACUUGAAAAACACGUUGAUCAAGAAGCAUUUAACUGCUUUUUCUCCAUCACACUUUGUGCCUUAGACAUAAUCUGUGAAACAGCAAUGGGGAAGAAUAUUGGUGCUCAAAGUAAUGGUGAUUCUGAGUAUGUCCGAGCAGUUAAUAGGAUGAGUGAUAUGAUACAUCGGAGAAUGAAGAUGCCUUGGUUUUGGCUUGAUCUUUGGUACCUUAUGUUUAAAGAAGGCUGGGAGCAUAAAAGAGGACUUAAGAUCUUACAUACUUUUACCAACAGUGUCAUUGCUGAACGGGCCAAUGAAAUGAAGGCAGCAGACGAAUGCAGCUAUGCUAACAGCAACUCUGUCCCCUCCAAAACCAAACGCAAGGCUUUUCUUGACUUACUCUUAAGUGUGACUGAUGACAAUGGAAACAAACUAAGCCAUGAAGAUAUUCGAGAAGAGGUUGACACCUUCAUGUUUGAGGGCCACGAUACCACUGCAUCUGCAAUAAAUUGGGCCUUAUACCUUUUGGGUUCUUAUCCAGAAGUCCAGAAAAAAGUGGAUAAUGAACUGGAUGAAAUUUUUGGGAAGUCUGAUCGCCUUGCUACCUUAGAAGACUUGAAGAAGCUUAAAUAUCUCGAAUGUGUCAUUAAGGAGACUCUGCGUCUUUUUCCUUCUGUCCCUUUUUUUGCCCGAAGUCUUACUGAAGACUGUGAAGUGGCGGGUUACAAGAUAUGGAAAGGCACAGAAGCAGUCAUCAUUCCCUAUGCUUUGCAUAGAGAUCCAAAGCACUUCCCAGACCCGGAGGAGUUCCAGCCAGAGCGGUUCUUUCCUGAGAAUGCCCAAAGACGCCACCCAUACGCCUAUGUGCCCUUCUCUGCUGGACCUCGGAACUGUAUAGGUCAAAAGUUUGCUAUGAUGGAGGAAAAGACCAUUCUUUCUUGUGUCCUGAGACGCUUUUGGGUGGAAUCGAACCAGAAAAGAGAAGAACUUGGCCUGUCAGGAGAUUUGAUACUUCGGCCAACUAAUGGCAUCUGGAUCAAGCUGAAGAGGAGAAACACAGAUAAACCAUAAAACUAGGUUCCCAGGCUAUACCAAGAUAAAAGUCAUUCUGUAAGGGAUAGCUGGUGGUAUAAUUUAUAGACUAUGAAUCUGGUACUCGGAAUGUUCAGAUUUCAUUACUUUGUUGUUCUACUGUGCUUGGAAUCUACUCUAUCAUUUUUAUUCUCUUAUAUUAGAAGUACCAAAAUGUAAUCUACAAGAAAAGAAUUUCUGCUUGAAGUCCUGCUAGUAACUGGGACAGGCCUAGAAAUCAAGAUCUGUACUCCAGAUCUUCACUCCUUUAAGAUGCAUUUUCUACAACAUGCUAUGGCAUUAGAGGACUCAGGACUACGACUUAGUUGUGUUAUUAUAACUUAGGACUUUUGCCUGUUAGUUAGACAUAUUUCUUUUGGAAUUCUUCCACCUUCAAGAGAAAAAAAAAAAAAAGAAGCUGCUGGUCUAUGUUUAGUAAGCGAGGAAUAACCACUUUGGUCUAGGGUUAGACCGCUACUUAAUUCAGCCUCACAGAACACAGUUAUCAAAUGAUUAUAUAUUUCCUGAAUUUGAAUUUUGUAUUUAAUAUCUCUACUCCUCAAUUAUUUUAAGACUUAUUAUAAUAAAUAAUUUUCACAAGAGUG